AUGCCGGCUUCUGCGCGGCCCCGCCCGGGCCCCAGGCCGCCUUCGGCCUCGCCCUUCCCGCUGCUCCUGCUGGCGGUGCUGAGCGGCCCGGUGUCCGGCCGCGUCCCCCGCUCGGUGCCCAGGAUCUCGCUUCCCAUCUCCGAGGCUGACUCCUAUCUCACCCGCUUCACCGUCCCUCAGACAUACAAUUACUCUGUUCUCCUCGUGGAUCCUGCUUCCCGCACGCUUUAUGUUGGUGCCCGGGACACCAUCUUCGCUUUAUCCCUGCCCUUCUCACGGGAGAGACCCCGCAGGAUUGACUGGAUAGUGCCUGAGGCCCACAGACAGAACUGUAGGAAGAAAGGCAAGAAGGAGGACGAAUGUCACAAUUUUGUCCAGAUUCUCGCCAUUGUCAAUGCCUCUCACCUCCUCACUUGUGGCACCUUCGCUUUUGAUCCGAAGUGCGGGGUUAUUGAUGUGUCCAGUUUCCAGCAGGUUGAAAGACUUGAGAGUGGCCGGGGGAAGUGUCCUUUUGAGCCAGCUCAGCGGUCAGCAGCUGUAAUGGCUGGGGGGGUCCUCUAUGCUGCCACUGUGAAAAACUACCUGGGGACGGAGCCGAUUAUUUCCCGGGCUGUGGGUCGUGCUGAGGACUGGAUUCGGACAGAGACCUUGCCAUCCUGGCUUAACGCCCCAGCCUUUGUCGCAGCCGUGGCCUUGAGCCCAGCCGAGUGGGGUGAUGAAGACGGAGAUGAGGAAAUCUACUUCUUCUUUACGGAGACUUCUCGAGCAUUUGACUCAUACGAGCGCAUUAAGGUCCCGCGGGUGGCCCGUGUGUGUGCGGGGGACCUUGGGGGCAGGAAGACCCUCCAGCAGAGGUGGACAACGUUUCUGAAGGCUGACCUGCUAUGUCCAGGGCCUGAGCAUGGCCGGGCCUCCAGUGUCCUGCAGGACAUGGCCAUUCUUCGACCUGAGCGUGGAUUUGGGACCCCCAUCUUUUACGGCAUCUUUUCCUCUCAGUGGGAGGGGGCUGCUAUCUCUGCUAUCUGUGCCUUCCGACCACAAGACAUUCGGUCAGUGCUGGAUGGUCCCUUCAGAGAGCUUAAACAUGAUUGCAACAGGGGACUGCCUGUCAUGGACAAUGAUGUACCCCAGCCCAGACCUGGAGAGUGCAUCACCAACAACAUGAAGCUCCAGCAGUUUGGCUCAUCGCUCUCCCUGCCUGACCGAGUGCUCACCUUCAUCCGGGACCACCCACUCAUGGACAGGCCAGUGUUUCCAGCUGAUGGCCACCCUCUGCUGGUCACUACAGAUACAGCCUAUCUCAGAGUUGUGGCCCACAGGGUGACCAGCCUCUCAGGGAAAGAGUAUGAUGUGCUGUACCUGGGGACAGAGGAUGGACAUUUCCACCGAGCAGUGCGGAUUGGAUCCCAGCUCAGCGUCCUCGAGGAUCUGGCCUUAUACCCAGAGCCACAGCCAGUUGAGAAUAUGAAAUUGUAUCAAAGCUGGCUCCUGGUUGGCUCCCAUACCGAGGUGACACAAGUGAACACAACCAACUGUGGCCGUCUCCAGAGCUGCUCAGAGUGCAUCCUGGCCCAAGACCCUGCCUGUGCCUGGAGCUUCCGGCUAGAUGCAUGUGUGGCCCAUGCUGGGGAGCAUGGCGGGCUGGUCCAAGACAUAGAGUCAGCAGAUGUCUCUUCUUUGUGUCCCAAAGAGCCUGGAGAACACCCAGUAGUGUUUGAAGUUCCUGUGGCUACAGCUGCACAUGUGGUCUUGCCGUGUUCUCCAAGCUCAGCAUGGGCGUCCUGUGUGUGGCACCAGCCCAGCGGAGUGACUGCACUCACUCCCCGGCGGGAUGGGCUAGAGGUGGUGGUAACCCCAGGGGCCAUGGGGGCAUAUGCCUGUGAAUGUCAGGAGGGUGGGGCAGCCCGUGUGGUAGCUGCUUACAGCUUGGUAUCUGGCAGCCAACGGGGCUUCCCAAGCCGGGCCCACACAGUGGGGGCUGGACUGGCUGGCUUCUUCCUGGGGGUUCUUGCAGCAUCCCUGACUCUCCUCCUGAUUGGUCGGCGUCAGCAGCGCCGGCGGCAGAGGGAACUUCUGGCUAGGGAAAAAGUGGGCUUGGACUUGGGGGCCCCACCAUCUGGGACCACAAGCUACAGCCAAGAUCCUCCCUCCCCCUCUCCCGAAGAUGAGCGGCUGCCCCUGGCCCUGGCCAAGAGGGGCAGCGGCUUUGGUGGCUUCCCUCCACCCUUCCUGCUUGAUCCUUGCCCGAGCCCAGCCCACAUUCGGCUAACUGGGGCUCCUCUGGCCACGUGUGAUGAAACAUCUAUCUAGGGCUGGGCAAAUGACCACUAGUGGCCACUAGAAUGGAAUGACCUUUGAGACACUGGGGGUCAUUGGGCCUGGAAGACCGUCAUGGCCUCUGAAUUCUCUUUGGCCUUUGAGUGAUCAUUGUCUGUCCUCUCUGGGCCUGGGUGGGAGAUCAGAAUUGCUCUCUGCAGUGAAUCAGGACUUUUUCUACCCCUGCCCUCUGAACCCCUGUGACCCCUUUAGCCCUGGCCCACUGACUGGGCCCGUUAGUGUGGGGAUGGGGCACAGAACAUAGCUAUGACUUUGCUUUCUGGUUGAACCCUGGCCAGGAGGAAGAGCCACGGAGGUGGUUGGGGGUCAGUGUGCACUGAGUCCUGGGGUGGUUUUGCAGAUUCUCCCAGUUUAUCUGCUUCUCUGUGUGGAGUGCUUGUUCUCCCUCUUGCAACAUGAAUCUCUUCCCUGAGAUCUCUCAUCCCAGUUUUCCUUCUUCCAUGGAAGAGCGUGUGUAAAUACACGGGUGUUCAUAGGAGACCUGGCCUCAUGUGCAUGAAUGACUGGGCCAAUGCUCAGGUGUGUUCAUGGAGGGGAGGGAGGGGGAAGGUGGGGAUGAGGGCAUUGCCUGCAGAACUUUAGACCCUGUAGCCAGUGAAGGAAUGACUUUCUUUUCUAAAAGGAAACAAACCACUGUCCCGUCCCCAUCAUCCCCCACGACCCUUCUCUUGAGUAGAGAAAAACUCCCGAAGUGACCUUCUGGGUGGAAGGCAGCAGUCCAUGUCACCCCAUUAUCCUCUUUGUUUCUGCCUCCUGGCUGCCACCACUGCCAUGCACCGCUGCUCUUUCUCUGGCUGGAGUGUAGGCUGGACCCUGUGUCCUUAGCUCCCAUUAAAAAUAAACUUCAUGACAUUCUCCAUGUUAGGGACAACAAAAGGGGAACAGUCAUAGGAAAUACAAGCUGCAUAAAGAUAGGUUUGUAUCAGUGACUUUACUCAGGGUGACACCCUUGCCCUAAAGCAGGAGUUCUCCACCUAGGGUCCACGGACUCCCUGAAAUUAUAUGCAAAAUGUUGUCUGUACGUGUGUGCCUAUAUUUUUCUGGGGGAAGGUUUUAUGGCUUCCAUCAGAUUCUCAAGGCCUUAACAAAGGUACAGAACCACUGCCCCAAGGUGACCAUGUGUUGGCCAAGCUGAGAUGGUGCCACUCAGUGGCAACUCUUCCUGCCCUGCCACACCCGCCCUGUGGCCAGCCCCUGGACUUGCAGCCACUGGAGGCCCUCUUGUUUUUCCAGUCCCUGGAAGCUGGGCUCUGUGCAUAUCUGAAGACACUGUCAACUCUCGCCAAACUUAAAGACCUCUUCCUGCUUCACCACUACCAGCUGCUCUAGACUUGUCUGCUCAGUUCCAGUCUUGGCCUGUGAAUGUGCCUCGUUCAUCCGUGGUGAGGGACCCCCUUGAGCUCCAGUGAAUGAUCCAGAGCCCUUCCCAGUUGAAGUUUUCACCUCUUCUUUCCUUGGCAGCAGCCUGUGAACUACUCAAAAGAGUCACUUUGGGUUUGGAAUUCUCUGUGGCUUUGCCACUAAUAAGUGUGUGAUCUUUGGCAAGUAAUCCAACCUAGGAACAUUUGUUUACUCAUCUGUAAAGUGGGGAUAAUAAUACCUACCUCAGGGUUGCUGCAAGGAUUAAAUGAGAGAUCAUGUAAACAAUAAAGCGCUAUCUA